CUAAUUGGACAAGUUUCCCCAUAGAGUUGCACACAUUGUCUAACAAUUGGUAUCGGAGCGGGUAUCUCUAACGCUCUUUGUGACGUUUGAGAAAACGAUCAAAUUUUUUUUGAGAAUGUUGAACGCGGGGAUUAGAGAAGGGUAAUCCACCGUAAGGCCACCAUUUUUUGAUGGAACAAAUUACUCAUAUUGGAAGGAGCGAAUGAGGAUUUUUGUUCAAUCAAACGACUUCAAAUUUUGGCUUGCUAUCAAGAAUGGAGAUAGCUUGCCGAUGAAGAAGAUAGGCGAUACACUCAUCCCGAAGGAUGAGAAUGAAUAUGAUGAAACCGAUUUUAAGAAGGCUCAAUUGAAUGCCACCGCCAUCAACUUCUUGUAUUGUGCUGUCAAUGCCAACGAUUAUCAAAAGAUAUCUCGUUGCCAAAUCGCCAACCAAAUGUGGAACAAGCUCAUGAUCACAUAUGAAGGUACGCCUCAAGUUCGUGAAUCAAAAAUUGAUUUGCUAACCCAUGAAUAUGAGUUAUUUGCUAUGAAAGAGAACAAACUUGUGGAGGACAUGUUUGGAAGAUUUUCAAACAUCGUCAACAACCUUGAUAUGCUUGGAAAGACGCUCACCGAUAAGGACUUAGUGAGGAAAAUCCUGCGAAGUCUUACCAAGGAAUGGGAGUCAAAGAAGAGAACGAGAAUUGCUUUUAAAGCAUCUUCUUCUCAAAAAGUAGAGAUUGAUCAUUCGGAUUCAGAUAGUGAUAGUGAUUCUAGCACUUCUUGUGAUAUUUUGGUUGAAUGUUUUAACGAGUUUAUGAAACAUGAGCUUAGAAAGAGCAAGAAGAAGAACACCCCAAGGUGUCAUAAGUGCGGAAAGCUUGGCCACCGAAAAUUUGAGUGCCUGAAGCUCAAGAAGAUGAGCAAACAAGAUGAAUUCGCAUACUUUUCGUGGAAGUGUGAUGAACCUUCCAAAGACGAUUGUCUCAUCGCUCUUGAAGAAUAAGAUGGGUGGUCGGGUACGUGACGCACAUGGAAGGUGUGCUUGAAGACUACAAAUUUGUAGUGGAUGCUCCAAGCACUUCGCCAAAGAGAUUGCAUCAAAGGGGAGUCAUUAUAUAAUUUUUAAUGAAUUUAUGUAAAAAAUUUUGGGGAAUAUACAUAGGAUGUCUUG